GGGAAAUGUCAUGCUUGGGGCUCAUUACUGGAUGUAGACAGUACAUAUACUCGCGCAUCCUCAACAACACUUGUGACAGCACUUAUUGCAUACAUUCAUACUGUAAGACUGUUGUGUUCCAGGGAGCGUCAUGAUCAUACUACAACACCUAUGUCUUGCCCCAAUACUCGCGGCUAUAUUUAGUGUAGUAGUGGCGACUCCGUGUGAACCAAGAGUUUUCAUUCCUUGGUCUGACUACAAUGAUAAGAAGCCGACAACAGGCAUCCAUGUCCAGUCACUGGUAUCCAGCCGUAUGAUGUGUCUCCGCGCCUGUUUCGUCGCCAACCACACGCGGUCUGUUUUCUACACUGCCUCAACACUUACCUGCUACUGUGCCUACGAACCUCCGUCGUCCCUGAAUCUAGAGGAUGAAGCAGGAACUGAAUGUAUUCAACCCAUGGGCACUGUUGAGACCUGGAUGACGUCAGUGAUUGGUGUGUCGUCAGAAUUCGGUGUCGUUGAUCCGCGGUUCCUAGCAACACAGAUGCUAGGGCCUCCAGAUGUCUAUCCAAAUUAUGGAGAUUUAACAGGGACCUGGUGUGCCAAUUUUUAUGACGAUAAACAGUGGAUUGAGUUGGCCAUCUCGGAACCUAUGUUCGUGGAUCAAGUGUACAUAUACGAAACCUACCACGCUGGCGGCCUUCAGAACCUGUCUGUCCGAGACACGGCCAACAGCUGGCACCUUGUCUGGACAACACCAAACAUCGUGGUCAUCCCUCACAGCAGGAUCUUUGCACCAGACUUCCAGUCACCUUCGUUCCAAGUAACUGGUUUUCGUCUUCAUGUUGACAUGACUGUGGCAAAUGGGUGGGUGCAGAUGGACGCGAUGCUUGCCGUGGGUCGGAAAUAAUGGAGGCUUUGGGAAAGACCCUGACGCAUGCCUACUAACAAGGAUCAAUACUCUUUGCAUCUCUCCACCCUGGUUAUGCAAUCAGAAAAAGGACAAGUAAAGUUGCACUGUACGCAUUACUGACCGACCAAGGUCAAUGCAGUUUGGUAUGCUGAUAUUAGCAGAAAUUAGCAUACAGUUUAGUGUCUUUGGGCGAAGACUAAUCUACUCUUUCUGUAUUCGUCCUCGCCUCGCCUCGCAAUUAUAUGGUAUAGGUGCCUUCUGCUGCAUAGAAUCGCCUCAAAGAUCCGAAAGUUGAUGAUUGUCAAUGAUUGUCUAUGCCGUCGGUUGGACCCUUCUUCACAUGAAAAGAUCACUAAUUCUUUCAAAACUCAACUUUGAAUCCAUGGUGGAGCCUUUAAAAGCAACUUUAAGAUUCUAUCCACCAUCAAGGUCUAAGACCAAGGUAUUGGAUCUUUCCGAACCAUCUCUAUUGGCAGUUUGUACAUUGAGGCCGAUGAGCCAUCUCUUAAACAGCACCGUAUAAAAUUAUCAUUACAAUACAUAAUGAAAUCAUAUUGAAAUGAGUCAAAUACUGCUUAUAACUGCUUUUCAACCCCUCCUAAUGAGGAACUUUUCAACAAGAAGUCAUCUCUUAUCCCAUCCCCAGGAAUCAGAAUUAAACUUUUUAUUCCUGCUGCUAAUAUUGAAAUCGAAAGAAAAUCUCUUUUCAGUCUGCUUUCUUCUCCUAAUUGCCAAUUGGUAAAGCCACCUGUGGUUCUGGGUCUGGAUCCUUAUCUAAACUAAAGAAAUCUGACACUAAUCAACUACAAUAUCAACAUGAAUAUACUGAACCGCAAAAGUAACGUCACCCCAAGUAGCAUUGCAUUUAAAUAUCUUGGUAAUGGGUAAUUUUUGUCAAAGAUCCUGAAAUUUAACAUUACCUUGUCCGGAAAAAUUAAACUUGAUGAUAAAACACCCCAAAGCAGAUGACAAUAAAACGGAUCGCCCAAAUGCAUCACAACAAAGGCCAUGGUAACCCGAUGCACGUGAGUUCCGUGCAAAUUUAAAUGCACAUGCGUUUUCUUGCCCUAUAAAAAUCCACCCAGAUGGGAUAACAUUUAUUCGUUAUUGAAUUGCUACCACAUGCCA